AUGGUCCUUGGCCGUGCCGUCAGCGCUCUGUCAGCCUAUUUUGGUGGUGAUGAUACGGAGGACAAGACUCAGCGCCCAUCGGAGGCAGAUGCUGCUUCGACACCUCUGCAGGUCAAAACUCGGCGCCUGUGGGAUACUUCUUCGACGCCUCCGCUGGCUGCCCCCUGUGGGCCUCAUUCACACGAGGCCGCAGCGGACAUGACCAAACUCCUGGCUGGAAUGGACGACCUGGACGGGUGGCUGGAGAAGAUAGCUGCUGCAGGCCUCGGGAAGCCAAGCAAGUUCAGCAAAUCUUGGGACACGGCCGACGAGCUGCACUCAAGGUUCCGCACGUUUUGCAAGUAUGGCAGGGUGGAUGCCGUGACCGCGUUGGUUCAUGGACCUGGUCGAGAUUUCUGGUGCCAGUCUGCCUCCUACCGAUACAACGAAACAGGCUUGAUCCUGGCAUGCAAGUAUGGGCACCAUGAGGUGGUCAAGGUCUUGGUGGCAGCGGACUCGGAGAUCAACUACCCGGCAAAUGGCGGGGCGGCUCUGCACUGGGCCUGCAAGUCCUACUCCCAGGAAGACUACGCAAAGACGGAGCCAGAACAGGUGGCAAUUGUGCAGUACCUUCUGGGGGAGGGCGCGCAGAUGCGCCUCAAGCAGCCCGACUCGGAGGAAGUCUUCGACGCCUUGCUCAUGGCGGUCACCCGCGGUAGCGUCCCAAUGAUCAUGCUCUUGAGGGCAGCUGGGGCUGAGGUCACGGAGCAGAGUGAGGCCGCGGCAAAGCAAUGGGGCGGGGCCGUCUCCCGUGCGCUGCUCUCAGAGGAGAAGAUUGCGGUGCCCUACACCGCGCCGCCCUACUGGACGCACCAGUCGGAGGACCCGGCCACCUUCGAGCAGAUCGAAGAAGGUGCCGGGCUCCUUCGCACCCUGCAGGACGCCCUGGACCGCACCUUCAAAGGAAUCCGCACGCGGGACCGGGCUGGUCGAGUACCGCAGGGCCUUCGUCUAAAGCGCGUGAUGCGGAUUGAGAACUCGGCUGUCUGGGCCCGCUACCUGAGCGCAGCCGCCGCGGUGGAGAAGCGCCGGCCGGGUGGCUGCACUCCCAUCCAGGACCUGGAUGGAGUUCCCGAGCACGGUUUCGUCCGAACUUCGCAGGUCCUGGGCGAGCUCACGGGGCGCCUGAAGCAGAAUUUGGCGGAAUUCUACCUCUUCCACGGGACCAGCCCUCUUGGGGCGAAGGCCAUCUCGGCGCAGGGCUUCCGGCGCAUUAUGGCAGGCAUGAACGCCGGCACGGCCUUCGGGCGCGGCUGCUACUUCGCCGAGUCCUCCUCGAAAUCGGAUGAGUAUGCGCAGGCCGACGACGACGGCCACUUCGUGAUGCUGCUGUGUCGGGUAGUGUGCGGAGAGAUGUUCCGCAUCACGGACAGGGCCCCGCUGGCACUCUCGGAUGCGCUGCACAGUGGCAGGUAUGACUCCGUGCUGGCAGACCGGGAGGCGUCGGUGGGCACGUACCGCGAGUUUGUGGUCUUCGAUGAGGAGUGCGUCUAUCCGGAGUACAUCAUGCUCUAUGACCGUGUAAUGUUCCCCCAUGAGCUCUUCACCAGCCCAAUGUGGAGCCCGUCCCUCAAGCGAGGAUCGCAUUCUACGGCCAUGGGAUGUGCCUGCGGUGUUGCGGCCAAAGCAGCGUAUUCUGGUGAUGGUCACAAGGGCAAAACCCAACGCCUGCCGGAUGCGACUUCGCCACCUCCGGAGGCAGAGGCGGACAUGAAGAAGCUCCUGGCUGGGAUGGACGACCUGGCCGAGAGCCUGGAGAAGAUGGCGGCUGCAGGCUUCGGCAAGCCACCCAAGAUCCACACAUCCUGGGCAUCGGCGGAGGAGCUGCACUCAAACUUCCGCACCUUCUGUAAGUACGGCAAGGUGGAAGCCGUGACCGAAUUGCUCGGUGGGGGUGCUCGAGAUUUCUGGUGCCUGUCUGGCUCCUUCCGCUUCAACGAGACAGGCUUGGUCUUGGCAUGCAAGUAUGGGCACCAUGAGGUCGUGAGGGCCUUGGUGGCGGCAGGCUCGGAGAUCGAUUACCUGGCAAAUGGUGGGGCGGCUCUGCAUUGGGCCUGCAAGUCGUACUCCCAAGACAACUACGCGAGGAUGGAGCCCCAGCAGGUGGCAACGGUGCAGUACCUUCUGGGGGAGGGGGCGCAGAUGCGCGUCAAGCGACCCAACUCCGAGGACAUCUACGAUGCCUUGCUCAUGGCUGUCAGCCGCGGUAGCGUCCCAAUGAUCAUGCUCUUGAGAGCAGCAGGAGCUGAGGUCACGGAGCAGAGUGAGGCCGCGGCAAAGAAAUGGGGCGGGGCCGUCUCCCGCGCGCUGCUCUCAGAGGAGAAGAUUGUGGUGCCCUACACCGCGCCGCCCUACUGGACAAACCAGUCGGAGGACCCGGCCACCUUUGAGCAGAUCGCCGAGGGCUCGGCGGAUCUCCUGCGCAACCUGCAGGACGCCCUGGACCGCACCUUCAAGGGCGUUCGCACGCGGGACAGGGCUGGCCCAGUACCACAGAGCCUGCGGCUAAAGAGUGUGGUGCGGAUCGAGAACUCAGCCAUCUGGGCCCGCUACCUGAAUGCAUCCGCUGCCCUGGAGAAGCGCCGACCGGGCGGCUGCACUCCCAUCCAGGAUUUGGAUGGAGAUCCGGAGCAUGGUCAUGUGCGGACUUCACAGGCCCUGGGAGAGCUCACGGGGCGCCUGAAGCAGAACUUGGCGGAGUUCUACCUCUUCCAUGGCACCAGCCCUCUUGGGGCGAAGGCCAUCUCGGCGCAAGGCUUCCGGCGCAUUAUGGCGGGCAUGAACGCCGGCACGGCCUUCGGGCGCGGCUGCUACUUCGCCGAGUCCUCCUCGAAGUCGGAUGAGUAUGCGCAGGCCGACGACGACGGCCACUUCGUGAUGCUGCUGUGUCGGGUUGUGUGCGGAGAGAUGUUCCGCAUCACGGACAGGGCCCCGCUGGCACUCUCGGAUGCGCUGCACAGCGGCAGGUAUGACUCUGUGCUGGCCGACCGGGAGGCGUCGGUCGGCACGUACCGCGAGUUUGUGGUCUUCGAUGAGGAGUGCGUCUAUCCGGAGUACAUCAUGCUCUACGACCGCGUAAUGUGA